AUGUGGACGAUAUGGAAGGCUCGUAAUGACGUGGUGUUCAACAAGAAGACGGUGGCAUCUCCGGUGGCGAUUGUCUACAAGACGUUGAUGCUCGUGAAGACCUGGCGUCCCCUAUUGAAACCAAAGCUGAAGCCCUUAGUGGAUGAUAUGAUCAGCCUAGUUUCUGCUAGUGCUGCUGCUAUGUAA